UUUUUAGUGUUAUAACUGCAGUGCCGUAGAACAUGCCGUACAUUAGAUUCCUAGUGGGAGUUUUGAUUUUGAGCCUAUUAGGCUGCAAGCAGAAAAUAGAGGCCAAAACCUAUAUGCGUUGUGAACUAGCCAAAGAUUUGAUUUUGAAGUACCAAAUAAGCAAAACUUUUGUAUCAAAUUGGAUCUGCCUUGUGGAACACGAAAGCAGAUACGAUACAUCAGCUAUCACAGCUGAACCCAAUGAAACUAAGAAUUAUGGUAUAUUUCAAAUAAAUAGUAAAAACUAUUGUCGCACAGGACGUAGAGGUGGCCGUUGCAAUAAAAAAUGUGAAGACUUUACUGAUGAUAUUAUCGAUGAUGAUAUGGAGUGUGCGAAAACCAUAUUUGACAAUGAGGGUUUUAAAUAUUGGAGAGGAUGGAGAACUUCAUGUCGUAAUACACAGAAUUUACCGAAUCUAAAUUUAGCGUGUAAUAUAGACAAAAUAUCAAGUGGAAGAGGCAUGUAAUGUUAUUCUCCGUAUAUUGAAAUUCCAAUGAUAUCUUUACUUAAAACAUGUACUUACAAUUUUUAUUUUAUAAAAUAAAUCGCAAAAAUUGAA